CGACACAGCAUAUACAUACCUUCAACCAACAACGAACACCCACCACCACACCACCCCCUCCACCACCGCCACCAUUAACUUCAUACGCACCUUCUUCAGCGGCGCCCGUUCAGCCAGCCCCAACACCAUCAUGGCAGCCAAGGCGAAGGCGCAAGAGAUCAUCGACAGCAAUGCCGUCGCAGUCUUCUCCAAGUCGUACUGCCCAUACUGCAAAGCGACCAAGUCUCUGCUGAGCGAGGUGGGCGCAAAGCCAUACAUCAUCGAGCUGGACCAAGUCGAUGAUGGCGCCGCUAUUCAGGAUGCCCUCGAGGAGAUGACCAACCAGCGCUCCGUUCCCAACAUCUUUAUCGCCAAGAAGCAUAUUGGAGGUAACUCGGAUCUUCAGGGCAAGAAGAGCCAGCUUCCGGAGCUCCUCAAGGCGGCCAAUGCUAUUUAGAAAGGCUAGGAUGAUGAUAAGAGUAGUAUUGGCCGAUUAUCGGGUUGCCCGUGGAAGAGGACGGAGUAGUCGGUUCGCGCAAUGCGCCAGAGCUAUGGUCAGAUUGCGACGUCGCCACGGGUUGAAGAUACAUAAGAGCUGAAAUGCUGAAUACCAUGACUGAAAUGAACAUACAAUGACUUCUGCGCGUCUCACUGCGUACUGUCCUGCCCUGAUCAUGCUACAUCGCUUCCAUUGUGAAACAUGCAAGUCCCUACCUACCUACCUUGGCUCUCAAUCGAGCUCGCCAUCAAGCGCCAUUUUUCUCAUAGCCUCCAACGACUUCGACACAGCCAUCUUCGCACCCUUUCUGUGUUCUUCCAUCAACUUCAUAUGCUCCUCCGACCCUUCUGCAACAUCAGGAUGCCUCCACUCAAACGUAUACGUCAUCAACAUAGACCCUUCCGCCUCCCCAUCCGAAAUCGUAUUCGUAAUCACCGCUCCAUCAGGUUGAUGAAAAUCCACCUUGACAGGCCAAUAGCUCUUACACACCUCUUUCACACUCUUUCCAUCAGACGAUUUAAACCACACUUUCCUCGUAACUUGACCCCAUUUUUCCUCCUCUUCCUCCUCCCCGUUGUUCUUCUUCUCCUCCUCCUCAAGGACUUCACACCUCUCAAUCACCGGCACAAAUCUUUGCGCUUCUCGGAUUUUAAUCUGUAGGCCUUUCCAGACUUGACUGCGCGAGAGAAUGGGCGUGACUCCAGAUGAUGGAUUGAUGGCUUCGCUAUAUGCACAAUUAAUCGUCACCAUUUUGACGUGACGUGGCGUGAAUUGACUGGACUGGACUUGAGUGCUCAAUAAGAACUUUUUCUCGAUUCAAAGACUAGGAAAUGGUACCUUGUGAACGGGUACAUGUAUAAGGUAAG